AUGCUACGAACUUUUUGGGAAGCAUCCUUACAGCACCUGACAAUUGCACAGAAGUUAUCGAGAAUAAAUGACCGACAUCUAAAGGCAGUCCGCGAUCUCCCAGAUGAAAUAGCCAAGUGUCGUCUCCGUUUGGGUAACGUAAUAGGUCAAAAUGCUCAGGCUAUCCGCUCAGAGUUGCGGGCGAGUGAAUUUAACAAAUGGAAACAACUAUGCCAGAGGGGAAUCGGUGUACUCUGGUAUGAUAAAUGCACUCUCACAAACGCCUGGGUAUCAAACAAAGGUGGUUUAUCGGGCAGUGAAUGGACCAACGCGAUAAAAGCAUCGAUUAACUCAAUGUCUAACCGUGGAACAGGGGGUCGCAGCGUGGGUGGUAGUCGCCAUUGCAGAAACGAAGUAUGCAAUGAGAAUAAUAUUGUUGAAUCACUACCGCACAUUAGAGGCUCCUGUCCAAAGACUGAGUUACUGCGAAAUGCGGCUCAUCAUCGCGUUCGUUCAGCAAUAGCUGACCUAUUCCGGAGUAAAAAUUUCGAAGUAUAUGAGGAAGUUCACUGCGAAACAACAAAUGACGGUAUCACCCAAAACCGUCGCGCUGAUAUUAUAGUGCUGGACAGGAUAAAAAAACCACGGACUCAUUUUAGACCCAACAAUUCGUUGGGAAACAAAUAA